UGUGUGUGUGUGUGCGUGAAAGCCAGGUAGAUAAGUAGAUAGAUAGUAGCUAGAAGAGGUUUAUUGACCUCAGGGUAGGACCUAGGAGGGUAAAGCCUCCUAGGGCAAGAGGACAUGAGUUCCCAAAGGCAGGACUCCCUCUUUCUAAAAUGUAGGAGACUACAAUAUAUUAACAGCAAUGAAAGACCAGUGGCACAAGCCUCUAUACUGACCAAUAGGUCUAAGUCAGUAACCCAGGAGGUUAAAGAUCUUGGGGUUAUCCCAGGAAGUAGACGGGAUCUGGGCGACCAGCAUUCUAACCUGGCAGAGCCGCCUAGGACUUCUCAUAGCAAGAGGAGACCAGAUUGUCUUCCACGCCUUACGAGCUGUGCUAACAAGGGCUAUGCCCCUGAUCCUAAAUUAAACCUGUCUGUAGUCUCGAAAAGGGUCUUUCAGGGCAAUUCUGCAGUCGAAGGCUCAGAGCACAGGCAGACUAGACAUACUGGCUUGGUGAAGAACAGCCCUGAAACAACAGCCUGCGAGGCCCAGGGGAAAAGGAGGACAUUGGAGCUGCUUAACAAGGCUAGAAAGCAAACAGAAAAAGCCUCAAACCUGCUAGACAUCAGACAGCUCCAGAAGCAAGAGGUGGUUAAGGACACCGAACACCCAAGAUUGAAACACCCGCAACAGCAACAAAAGAGCCUGGAGGAGCUGAGGAGGGGCCCUCUGGAAGGAGGCAAUGACAAAGGACCUCCCAAGUACGGUGAAUGUUUUGCCCUAGAAGAAAACACCGUUUUGCAGGGGAAGAAGAUCAAGCCGUAUUCUAGACGUUCAGUUCCGAUAGAGUGCUCCCAAUUAGUCAGAGAACAGGAGUCUGGAGAGGAGCCGAAGCCAGUGCCUUCAGGCCAAGACGAACUGAAAGCCAAGAAAGCCGCCAAAGGAAAGAAAGCACAGACUCAGUUCUUGGAAAUUACUCCCUUGCAGGGAAAAGAAAAGGUUAUGGGCCAAAACCUGCAGGCAGAAGCCAAGCCUCAGCUCCUAAAGAGGAAGAGGAUGCAGGCCAUGGAAAUGUUGGCUAAACCUCAUCAUGAUAGAGGACUCCUCCUAGAAGACAGCAGAAAGGAAGUAAAACUGUCUUCUCGGGACAUCAAACAGGGCGCUUUGGAAACAAACCUCAUGAGGCCUGAGAGGUGGCCAAGGGUGGAAGUCUGGAACCACAUGGUCGAGGGAACCCCAGUUGUUCUGGCACCUCGGGACCAUAAUUAUCUCCCACAGGGAUCAAAAGAUCAGAGUGCUCCAAAGUCCAGGCUCAGCUUGCUUAGCAAAUCAUGUAUUAGUUAUUAUCCAUAAGUGCCAGGUAACCUACGAUGUCUUAAAUAUAAGUAGAUGUGAAUGCUUAUGAGAUGAGAAGGCGGGGCUAAAGGCUGGGCCAGCCCUUGAGGGGCAAGGUGGGCUUAGGAGGACCACAGGCACAGCAGCUGCUUGCCAGGCAUCUCAGAAUGACACCAUCUGCUCAUGGAUACCAAGCUUUAGGAUGCUACAAGGAGCAGCAGGCGUCCCUGCCUGGAAGCUGAGAUCCAAUGGGGCUGAGAGUCUGGGCUGAACUAUUUCAUUCCAGAGACCGGAGAUGUAUUUAAAUGGGCAGAGGAGGAGCGGAGAGACAGCAGUCACUUUCUCUGUAGACGCAUCCCGCUCAGUGAGCAUCUCUGCUCACGCACCACUCCUACCAAGGCCGGGAGAUAACUGAGACAAGCCAGAAAAUGUUC